GAGCCACCGGAAGUCGCGGGGUUUGCGGUUGGACCGUUAUCUGGGGCCCGGCGGCGUCCAGCCCCCCGCGUCCUGGUGGCCCGGUGCCCAGGGCAGGCGGCGGUACCCGAGGGCGGAGCCGCGGCUCGAGGCCCCGAUGAUGUGCUCCGAGCGCUGAGAAGCCCAGCCAGGAUUCAGGGCCCUGGAGAGGAACGUUGGCCAGAAGAUGAUCAUGACCAGGGAAAGCUGGACUCACAGUGCACUGAGACAAGAGGGUCUCCUGAAAGGAAAGGAUGAAACCUGGAAAUGGGGGACCAGCUUCCAAGGGAGCAACGCCUCCAUUUGGGAAACCUCCCACCUGCACUUUAGACAGCUGCGCUACCAGGAGACUUCUGGGCCCCAGGAGGCACUGAGCCGGCUGCGGGAGCUCUGCCGCCGGUGGCUGCGGCCGGAAGCACGCACCAAGGCCCAGAUCCUGGAGCUGCUGGUGCUGGAGCAGUUCCUGAGCAUCCUGCCGGUGGAACUGCGCACGUGGGUGCAGCUGCAUCGCCCCGGGAGCGGUGAGGAAGCCGUGGCCCUGGUAGAAGAGCUGCAGAGGGACCUCGAUGGACCAGCACUCAAAGAACCCCUCCCGGUGUCGUUCUCCUGCUGGUCCCACUGUUCUCCCUCUGAUCCCGCCCAGGGCCCUCCGACUCCAGAGUCUCCUGCCCCUGAGGUGUCUGCCCUUUCCCAGGAGGAAAACCCGAGAAAUCAGUUAAUGGCACUUAUGCUCUUGACAGCCCAGCCCCAGGAGUUGGUGAUGUUUGAGGAGGUGUCGGUGUGCUUCACUUCGGAGGAGUGGGCGUGUCUGGGCCCGAUCCAGCGCGCCUUGUACUGGGACGUGAUGCUGGAGAAUUACGGGAACGUGACGUCCCUGGAAUGGGAGGCCAUGGCCGAGAAUGAGGAGGAGACGGCCAAGCCAGGUGUGACUCAAAGAGCUGAUGCGCAGAAAGGCGUGUGCAGGAGGCUGCAGAGCAGCGCUCCCCAGGCCCUGGACUCCAAGGAAGAGUGUGAAUGGCAAGCCCUAGCAAGUCAGUGGAGAAAUGAAGCGGAGGACAGCCUGGACCCAGCAACAGAGGGCGCCCUCUGUGAACGAGAUCAGAGGACAAGGACUCCACCAGAAAAACGGGGCCAGGGCUGGAAGGGAUUUGCAGAAAACUUGAUGUCUGGGGCAACUAUUCCUGAAAGUUUAACAGGUGUCGAAGGAAAGAAAUUCUUUAAAUGUGAUAUAUGUUUGAAACAUUUCAGCAAAAUCUCCCAUCUCAUAAACCAUCGGCGAAUCCACACUGGUGAGAAACCCCAUAAAUGUAAGGAGUGUGGAAAGGGCUUUAUUCAGCGCUCGAGCCUGCUCAUGCAUUUACGGAACCAUUCUGGGGAGAAACCUUACAAAUGCAAUGAAUGUGGAAAAGCAUUCUCUCAAAGUGCUUACCUCCUAAACCAUCAGAGAAUCCACACUGGGGAAAAACCUUACAAGUGUAAGGAGUGUGGGAAGGGCUUCUACAGGCACUCGGGCCUUAUCAUCCACCUGAGACGCCAUUCGGGGGAGAGACCCUAUAAAUGUAACGAGUGUGGGAAAGUUUUCUCCCAGAAUGCUUACCUCAUAGAUCACCAAAGGCUUCACAAAGGGGAAGAACCCUACAAGUGCAGCAAGUGUCAGAAAGCCUUCAUUCUCAAGAAGAGCCUCAUUUUGCACCAGAGAAUCCAUUCUGGGGAGAAACCCUACAGAUGUGAUGAGUGUGGCAAAACCUUCGCUCAGACCACUUACCUGGUGGACCAUCAGCGACUCCACAGUGCAGAGAACCCUUACAAAUGUAAGGAGUGUGGAAAAGUCUUCAUCCGAAGUAAAAGCCUCCUCUUACACCAGAGAGUCCACACCGAAAAGAAGACCUUUGGUUGCAAAAAAUGUGGGAAGAUCUUCACUUCCAAGCCAAGCCUCGUUGACCAUAAGAGGAUGCACAGCAGAGAGAAGCCUUACAAGUGUGCCGAGUGUGGGAAGGCCUUCACCCAGAGCGCUUACCUCUUUGACCAUCAGAGACUGCACAACGGGGAGAAGCCCUACGAAUGUAGCGACUGCGGAAAGCUGUUCAUCCUGAGGAAGAGUCUCCUGCUGCACCAGAGGCUCCACACCGGGGAGAAUCUCUACGAAUGUAAAGACUGUGGCAAGGUCUUUGGUUCUAACAGAAACCUCAUAGACCACGAGAGACUGCACAAUGGGGAGAAGCCAUACGAAUGUCAUGAGUGCGGAAAAACCUUCAUUAUGAGCAAAAGUUUUAUGGUCCAUCAGAAGCUCCACACACAGGAGAAGGCCUACAAAUGUGAGGACUGUGGCAAGGCCUUCAGUUACAACUCAAGCCUGCUUGUGCACCGGAGGAUCCACACGGGGGAAAAGCCCUUUGAAUGCAGCGAGUGCGGAAGAGCUUUCAGUUCGAACCGGAACCUUAUUGAACAUAAGAGAAUCCACAGUGGCGAGAAGCCCUAUGAGUGCAAUGAGUGUGGCAAGUGCUUCAUUCUGAAGAAGAGCCUCAUUGGGCAUCAGAGGAUCCACACGAGGGAGAAAUCAUACAAGUGCAAUGACUGCGGGAAAGUCUUCAGCUACCGCUCCAACCUCACAGCCCAUCAGAGAAUCCACACCGGGGAAAAGCCAUAUGCAUGCAGUGAGUGUGGGAAAGGCUUCACUUACAACAGAAACCUGCUCGAACAUCAGAGGAUCCACAGUGGGGAAAAAACCUAUGAAUGUCAUAUAUGCCAGAAGGUCCUUACCUCAAGCAGAAAUCUUACGGUGCAUCAGAGGAUCCACACUGGAGAGAAACCUUAUAAAUGUAAUGAAUGUGGGAAAGACUUCAGUCAGAAUAAAAACCUGGUUGUGCAUCAGAGAAUGCACACUGGGGAAAAACCUUAUGAGUGUGAGAAGUGUAGGAAAUCCUUCACCUCUAAGAGGAACUUAGUUGGCCAUCAGAGAAUCCACACAGGAGAGAAACCCUAUGGGUGCAAUGAUUGUAGUAAAGUGUUUAGACAAAGAAAAAACCUCACUGUACAUCAGAAAACUCAUACAGAUGAAAAGCCCUGUGAGUAUGACGAAUCUGAAAGAGAAUUCUGUCGCUCUUCAAAUAUACAUCUUCAACAGAAACUCCAUACCAUAGAGGAGUUCUCUUGGCUACAGCAUACUAGUGAGUCCAAGAUAAAGACUCAGAAAAUCUAGCGUCGUAAGUAAAAUAGAAUACAGUCCCUGCCUUCUGAGUAACUGGCAGAGGAAUAACAUAUGAAGGGAAGUUAGUGGUUAACCCUUUUAUAGGCAGGUGAGUAACUUUCAAUCUACAAAAACAUGCAAUUUUGUGUUGAAAGAUACUCUAUUCCAGACCGUUUGUUAUGACCUUGGAGUGACUGAAAGCUCGGAAGAAACUGGGUUUGUGUCUUACAAGAUGUAAUGAUGUCAUUACUAACAAGUAGAUGUUAUUUCUGAAAAUUUGUAUAGUGUAUAUUUUAAAGAUAGCAUUACUGCUACAAAAAGUCUCAUUUAGAUGUUAUGAUGCAGACAGGUCACAUGUUGAAUUGGGCGGGGCAGGAGUCUGUGGUGGA